AUGGAGAUAACCAUUACCAGUGGGAUUCUAGAGGGUGCAGCCGAGCAGGUGGCCACCGAUAAUCCAACAGACUACGCCUUUGAAAAGAGUUCUCUGAAGAAGCAACUCCUUGAAACGACAUAUUCUUCCUUUGUGCUACAGGCUGUGGUGGGGAGAAACUUGAAUUCCUUCGGACAAAGAAUGAUCUGUUCAACUUCCAAUCUCACAGAUGAAAGUUAUGAUCCAGCGGUUCUUCAGUCUGAGGAGUCAAUCUUUGAAAAGGUCAAGGUCAUGGAGGAGAGGCAAAAGAAAGAGGAUGUCAAAAAACAGGGGCUGUCCCAGGAAAUGGGGAAACUGAUGAAUCAAGUUCAGGGUAGACGUAGCGACUAUGAAAACCUUGACGGGUAUGGCAUUGAGGCUCUAGGGGAGACACUGUACUCAGUGAUGUACUCUGACGACAAAAUUGAUCUGGAAACAGCAAACACUGGAUCAGAUGUAGCAGAUGAAGGGGCGCUCAAGCUGUUGAACUUGUCCAGUGCAACCUUCUUUCCUAUAGGAGACAAGCUCGAUGAGGUUGUAGCUG